AGAAAACAUUAGCACAAAAUAAAAAUAAAAAUCUUACCUUUAUGAAAGGGAAAAUUUUUUGAGAGCCCAUUUUUUUCAAAUUUUUAAUUUCUCUUCAAGACCCUUUUUUUUGUUGUUUUUUUUGGUUUUCAAGAACUAAUUUUUUUGUUUAUUGAUUUAGCUGUUGUGGUUAUUUUAUCAAUCAAUUAAGGAAUUUCAGGCAGCGUCGCGGAUUAAUGCUGCCUCCACGCCAACAACCACGGCCUGGCGGACUUCAGACGUCUUUAUCCUUGGUCGUCUCUCCUGAUGCCUGUGGAUCUCCUAAUCCUCAAGAACGUGGCUCAACCUCUGAUCAGGCUCGUGACUCACCAUCUGAAAGUGCUAGCUCACGCGAAACUUGGCCAACAUCUGAUGCUUUGAUGGCAAAAAAGCUGGAGAAGGAGAAAGAGAAUGGCUAUGCUGAGCACUCUGUUGUCCGCAAUAUGUCAAACUCAGACAAAAUUUCCCUUCGAGACAUUGCCCGAGAAAGAGUUGACGUUAUAGCUGACAGGAUGCGAAAUCUCCCAGAUGAGUAUCUAGAGAAGUUCAAAUAUGAACUUCGGGUCAUUCUUGAAGGGUCAGGUGGUGCUCAGCACAGAAAUGAGUUUCAAUUCCUCCAAAGGCUAGUGAAUAGUAGAGGUGAGUUGACGGAUGGAAUCCUGUGUUUAACACACCGCACCCAGCUAGAAAUUCUAGUUGCCAUCAAGACGGGAAUUCAGGCGUUCUUGCAUCCCAGUGUCAGUCUCUCUCAAGCUUCUCUCAUUGACAUUUUCUUGUAUAAGAGGUGCAGAAACAUAGCAUGUGGUAGUGUGCUACCAGCAGAGGAAUGUAGCUGUGAAAUUUGCUCGAAGAAAAAUGGUUUCUGCAACCUUUGCAUGUGUGUGAUUUGCAACAAGUUUGAUUUUGAGGUCAACACUUGCAGAUGGAUAGGUUGUGAUCUCUGUUCUCAUUGGACACAUACGGAUUGUGCCAUUAGCAAUGGGCAGAUUGGAACGGGCCCUUCUGUUAAGGUUGGAGCUAGCUCAGCCGAGACGCUCUUCAGAUGCCAUGCUUGCAGUAGGACAUCUGAGUUAUUAGGUUGGGUUAAAGAUGUGUUCCAGCACUGUGCUCCAAGUUGGGAUGCGGAAGCUUUUGUUAGAGAGCUCGACUUCGUCAGGAGAAUUUUCCAGAGAAGUGAGGAUGCCAGAGGCCGUAAGUUAUAUUGGAAAUGCGAGGAACUCGUUGAAAAGCUGAAAGGUGGUGUUGCAGACCCUAUGGCUUGUAAAGUGAUCUUAUCCUUUUUCCAAGAUCUUGAUGAUCCUUCAAAGAGUCAAGACAAUGAUGAAGGUGGUCGGCCCAUAGCUCCACUAGAAGCAUUCGGCAAGAUUGCAGAUGUAGUACAGGAAGCCAUCAGAAAAAUGGAAGCUGUAGCGGAGGAAAAGAUGCGGUUGGUUAAGAAAGCACGGUUAUCUGUCGAAGCAUGUGAUCAGGAGCUCAAGGAUAAAGCUCGGGAAGUGACCAUGCUGAAAAUGGAGAGGCAGAAGAAGAAGCAACAAAUCGAUGAUAUUGAAAGCAUCGUAAGGCUUAAGCAGGCGGAAGCUGAAAUGUUUGACAAAAAGGCGGCUGAAGCUAGACGAGAAGCUGAGAGACUGCAACAAAUUACACUCGCCAAGACAAACAAGUCGGAAGAGGACUACACUAACAGGUAUCUGAAACAGCGAUUAUGCGAGGCUGAGGCAGAGAAGCAGUACUUAAUCGAGAAGAUGAAGCUUCAGGAAAGUUCACGAGCGUCCCAGAGCAGCGCCGGAGGAAGUGACCCUUCCCAGAUUAUGUACAGCAAAAUCCAAGAUUUGAUCAAGAAUAUGUAGAGUUGUUGCUUUCAAAGGAUACAUAUAACUCCAUUUGCUCCGAAAUUUACUAGGCUUUCUGGAUUUGUGAAUUGGUUUUAAACUUUUGGUCUUGAUAAUUUUUCUUUUCAA